AUGCUCGGGACAAGAUUACGCCUCAAAGAUCGUGGGAUUUUCAUUCGAAUAGCUUCGAAGAGUGACUAUGGGAGAGUGCUAAAGUUCCUCCAGGAGCACUUCUAUCCCUUCGAUCAGUCCAGUCAUGGAAGAGUGUCUAAUCGCCAAUCGAGAGAAGAUGAAGAGAAUGAAAUGAAAUCUAUUGAUUCAGGAGCUUCAGUGCUUGCAUUUACUGAUGACGAUAGACGGGAGUUGAUUGGAGUGUCUCUGGCGAGGAAGUUUAGGGAGGAAGAAUGCCGUGAAGGUCUCAAGAUGCUCAGAACACUUUCUGGUCAACGGGGAUAUCCAAAUGAUCUCGAUGGUGUAAUUUUUACUGAAGAAAUGAAACUGCGAUCGCAAAUUUGUCGUCGAUACAACAUUGAGGAAGCUCUGUACUUAGCCUUGACUUGUGUCCGUAGGGAUUAUCAGGGAUACUCAUUAGCUAAGUUGUUCAUGCAGAAAAGAUUGCAAUGCGGCAGGGAAUUGGGCUUCAAGGUGGCUUUUGGAUUAGCGGUUACGCCUGGUGGGAUUAAGUUGACAGAGGCUUUUAAUUUUGAAGAUAUUUAUGUGCUUAAAUUUGUGAAUUAUUGCGAUUAUCGAGGACUUUCGGUCUACAAUUAUUUUCCACCGGAAGCAGUGGCCAAAAUAGUCGUUAAGCAAAUUUGA